UCGAAACGGUCGCAAAAAAAUGAGCUCCCGUGGAGCGUCUGCAACGGCUUUCACCGGCCGUGGUUCAUCUGCUGAAAUGUCUCAGGAUACCUACCGAGUGGUUCUGCCGUCACUGCCUACAGGUACUGAAGUUUUGAACUCUGUAUUCGCUCAUUGCGACGUCACCGGACGCCCGUACAAGAUUGACGACUUUCGAGGAGAAAUGGAACGCCACGGCGUUCUAAACGACCUCAUUGGAGCCGGCGCGUACCAGAUGAACCAUGUUUGGCUCUUCACCUUCAACUCCCUGACAGCGAAGCGAAAAAUUCUGGAAGCCAAGGAACUUGUGGUGAAAGAAAAAAGGUGCCUGCUCAUCGAUCCCGAUGAGUGCGAGGUACGAAUACGGCUGCACUGGAUACCUAUUCACAUAAGCGACGACACAGUGCGGAGGGCCCUGGAGCCUUAUGGAAAAAUCAACGAAGUAUCCCGCGACACAUGGAGGGCGGAAGGCUUCCAGAAUGUUCAGACGACGACAAGGCUGGUGAGAAUGAACCUAAAGGAAGGCGUAACCAAGGAAAACCUCCCGCACCAGCUGCGUCUGUUCGGCAGCAACGUUCUCGUUCUUGUCCCCGGAAGAGCGCCUCUCUGCCUUCGAUGUAAGAGAACAGGCCACAUCCGUCGAGAAUGUCGCGUCCCUCGCUGUGACAAGUGCCAUCGUUUUGGUCAUGAGCAAGAGGAUUGCAUCCGGACGUACGCCACUGUAAUGCGACCGGCUCCCGAGGAAGACAACUCUGAAUUCUUCAUCGAUGAAUUUGAAGCUUCGAAAAUCGAAGACGGCUCUGGGCACCCAACCACCACCCAUACCCAGACACCUUCAGGGGCUGACAAACGAGACGCAUCGCAAGACGAAGACACCACCGCAACGAUUCCCGAAGCUGACAAGACGGCUGCCUGCGUCGGAAACGGCACAGACAUCGUGAAGGCCGCUCCAGGCUCCUCUAAAAGCCAGCGACAGAAGACAGUCGACGGGAACGACCUCUCCUUUGACGAUGCCACUGAAGUUGACUCGGAAAUGGGCGACAGCUCGGAUCCCUCCAAGCGACCGCUAGAUCGCGUCGAGGAGGAAGACCCCGACCUUGAAGGGCCUGACUGGAGCAAGCCACAAGGAAGAAAGAAACGCAAGCCCCGAGCUCCACCGGAAGGCCAACGAGAGCAAACCUCGCAGUAGGUG